AACUUCACUAAUUAAGAAGAUGGCGAUGAUUAAAAAUUUCCGAGUUUUUCAUAAGCUAGAGCCUCCCCCAUAUAGCAUCAUUCUCGAAAACAGAAAUAAUGAGGACACCUUGAUGUUUGAAUCCAACGCAUUAGCUGUUUUAUCUGCUGCUGAAACAGAAGCCAUUAAAAAGCAGUAUGUGAAGAUAUUGGAUGCAUAUGGAUGCCUGGGUGUUCUUAACUUCAAUCUAGGACAAGAAUGUGUAUCAUAUUUGGUUUUAGUGACUGGUUGUUUAUCUGUUGGUAAAAUUGGAGAAUCUGACAUUUUCAAAAUCACUACAACUCAGUUUGUGUCUUUACGAAACAAUCCAGGUGACGAGGAGAGGAUACAGGAAAUUAAAAAGCUGAUGAACUCUGGAACAUUUUACUUUUCAUGGUCAAACUCUGGUAUUCCAUGGGACCUUACACUCUGUGCACAAAGAAAAUUACAGGAACAUGAAACCGAUAACAGAUUCUUUUGGAAUCGUAUGUUACAUGUACAUUUCCAAAGAUUUAAUGUUGACUGUGAUAAAUGGUUGUUUAAAAUAAUAUGUGGGGGUGUAGAAAUCAGAACAAUUUAUGCCUCUCAUAGACAAGCAAAGGCCUGUCUCAUAUCUCGUCUAAGUUGUGAAAGAGCAGGAACCAGAUUUAAUGUUAGAGGAGCAAAUGAUGAUGGAAAUGUUGCCAAUUUUGUGGAAACAGAACAAGUUAUAUUUCUUGAUGGACAGAUUUCAUCAUUCAUACAAACAAGGGGUUCUGUCCCCUUAUUUUGGGAACAACCAGGAAUUCAGGUUGGUUCUCAUAAAGUACGAAUGUCAAGAGGUCAUGAAGCUUCAGCUCCAGCAUUCGAGCGCCAUCUGGUGACGAUAAAGCAGUUAUAUGGAGAGCAAGUUAUUAUAAAUCUGCUGGGCAGAAAAGAAGGGGAACAUAUGUUAAGUCAAGCAUUCCAGUCUCAUCAUAAAGCAUCACAGUAUGGUAAAGACAAACCACUGAUUAACUUUGAUUAUCACUCAGAAUGCAGAGGUGGAAAUCUGAAAAACCUAUGCAAAUUGAGAGACAGAAUUAAAAAACAACUUGAUAGUUUUGAGUUUUUUUAUGUAGAAAAUGACGAAUCAAAAAAGUUUCAGACAGGGACGAUCAGAACCAAUUGUUUAGAUUGUUUAGACAGAACUAAUGCUACACAGUCUAUGAUUGGUGCAGAGAUUUUACCAAAGCAGUUAGAAUGUCUUGGGUUAUAUAACAAACCACAGAUGAUAUCGAGGUUUGAGGAGAUUUACAAACAGAUCUGGACACUUAAUGGGGACCAUUGCAGUAGAAUCUAUGCUGGGACAGGGGCUUUAGGAGGAGGAAGAUCUAAGUAUUCCGAUGCAACAAGGUCAGCAUCUAGAACAAUACAAAAUAACUUCUUAGACAGCAGUAAACAAGAGGCAAUAGACAUGUUGUUGCUAGGCAGUACAUUACGGGGAGAUCUGGCUGAUAAAGUUAGAGCAUUGUUAUCAACCAGAGUUUUACAUGCCCAAGCUCCUAUCCUCCAUACAAUGAUCCAAAGGCAUCCAGAAUAUACCAAAAAGAACCCUCUACGUAUAUGUGUUGGGACAUGGAACGUAAAUGGAGGAAAACAUUUCCGUAGUAUAGCAUUCAAGCAUCAAUCCAUGACUGAUUGGUUAUUAGAUGCACCUAAGAUAUCAAAAGAAAAUGAUACAGGAGUUGUUUCCCCUGAUGCAGACCUUGACAAACCUAUAGAUAUAUUUGCUAUUGGAUUUGAGGAAAUUGUAGAUUUAAAUGCCAGUAACAUUGUCAGUGUAAGCACAACAAAUGCAAGGGAAUGGCAGAAAUAUAUUCUAAAGGUCAUUUCUCGGGACCAUAAAUAUGUUGUGUUGACCAGUGUUCAGCUAGUAGGGGUCAUUCUGUAUGUGUUUGUCAGACCACAGUUGGCCCCAUUCAUUAGAGAUGUUGCUACAGAUUCUGCUAAGACAGGUCUAGGUGGAGCUACUGGAAACAAAGGAGGUGUGGCUAUCAGAUUUUUGGUCCAGAGUACAUCAGUGUGUUUUGUUUGUGCACAUUUGGCUGCUGGUCAGUCUCAAGUCAAUGACAGAAAUAGCGACUAUGCAGAAAUAACUCGUAAAAUUUCCUUCCCCAUGGGAAGAAGUAUAAUGUCACAUGAUUAUGUAUUCUGGUGUGGAGAUUUUAACUACAGGAUUGAUCUUCCCAAUGAUGACGUCAAGAAGUUAAUACAGGACGAGAACUGGUCAGCAUUACGAGAAUGUGAUCAACUAUUUCUUCAGAAAGAUGAAGGAAAAGUAUUCGAAGGAUUCAAUGAAGGCCAGUUGAACUUUGCUCCUACAUACAAGUAUGACCUGUUCUGUGAUGAUUAUGACACUAGUGAUAAAUGUCGAACACCAGCUUGGACAGACAGAGUGCUCUGGAGACGAAAUAUUUGGUGGAAAAAAGGUCAAAACUUAUUGGAAAAAGAAGAUCCAUAUGAAAAUGGUCAUCUUGUUCUUUAUAACAGAUCAGAACUGAAGACAUCAGAUCAUAGACCUGUCGUUGCUGUAAUAGACAUUGAUAUACAAGAAGUGAUUGACAAUAAGAAACAGGACGUUCUUGAUGAAGUUAUCGGUCAACAAGGACCAUCAGAUUGCACUGCAGUUGUUUCACUCACAGAAGGAGAGUUUGAUGAUGAUACUGUAGACAGUAUUGUAGGAACUUUAACUGAUGUAGGGGAGAUAAGUCUGGUCAGGUUUGUUGAUGAAGAUAUGUGGUUGAUAUUUACGAAUGGAAAACAUGCUAUAGAUGCUUUACAGUACAACAAUACAGAGAUGAAUGGCAGAAAAGUCCAAGUAAAGUUAAAGACUGUAGACUGGAAACAGAAGAUAGAUAAAGAGAUGAAAUUGUGUACAAUGAACACUGGGGCCCUGUUUAACAACAUCAGCAACAGCUUACUUGGAGAAGAUUUCACAGGAUUGUAUGACUUUGAUUCUGAUGAAGAUGAAGAUGACCAGACAGACAGAUUAACAGUAUCAGAAAAUAACACGCCAAUACAUUCAGGAAGAAACAGUCCAGCUCUCUCAGAUGAUGGUAUACUGGAUGGGGCUCCUCCCCCACCAAGCAGACCUGCACCUCCUGCUAGACCAAAUGUAAACCCUGUCGCAUCAGAGGAUACUGGGCCAAAAGAGGUUCAAGUCAAACAACCUCCACAGAGACCAGCUCCUCCUGUGAAGCCCCCUCCUCCACAAAGACCAACUGGGGGUCCUAUUAAACCAAUACAACAAAGCACAGUUGCACCUUUGAAGAAGAUGCCACCAGUCAGAAAGCCAUUGGGAUCACAAUCAAUUAAAAACAUCAAAUCAAAAAAACAAGCAAAGAUCUCAUCAAUUGGACUGCCUACAAAUGUUUUACAUCAUGGACAUGCAGCAAGCAUGCAGGAAGCUCAGAAUGUUAUUGAGAAAUUGAUUAGAGGUGAAAGUGUAGAUGCUUCCUUACCCCAACCAUUACUGCCAAAUAAUGAUGAACUGCUUACUCCUUCUCAGAUGCCUCAGAGUAGAACUGCAGAAACUUUGUCAUCAGUUGCAGAAUCAGCUAAUGAAGGAGUUAAUGUUCCUAAACCCAUACCAAGAGCAAGAAGUACAGGGAAUAUUUCAGGGACUGUCAAUCCUGUUCCUGCACCUCGAUCACGUGAUAGUCCUACUGAAGAUAGAAAACCUAUCCCCAGAUUAAGAGAUAGUCCGACUGAUGAUUCAAAUAUACCUGCAUCUCGACCAAGACCUGCACCAAGAAGAGAAGUACAAAGUGCUUUUGUACCAUCCCAUGUUACAAACUUAAAUGACAUUCAUUCAGGUCAAGUCAUGUCAGUUUUGAACCAGAAAGAACAGGAUAUAUCUAGUCAACCAAAUUCUAAUAUUUUAGAUGCACCAAUAUCACCUUUAUCUAAACCAAAGGCUGAUCCAUUUGAUACAAGCAAUAUAAAUGCAAAGUUUAUAAACCCUGUAUUCAAUAUACCAGCGUCAAACUAUGUAGAUAAUUCUAGUCAGCCAAAUGGAAAUGUUGAAAUGAGGUAUUCAAGUUUUCCAGAACCAAAUUUUAGUCCUCCAAGUAUUCCCCCUCCUGCACCUGAAUCUCCACCCCCAUCACCACCAGUAACACAUAAAUCUUCAGAGGACCUUAAUGAAUCACCUAGGCUUAAUGAUCAAAAUCCACCUUCUCAUCCACCACCAAACUUGCCCCCUCCACCUCCCCCACGUCCUGUAGAUGGACCUCCAACAAACCUUCCUCCUGUUCCCUCUAGACCUGCUGUCCCAUCUCGACCACCAUCUAGUAUUCCAAAUAAUCUUCCUCCUGUCCCAAGUAGAAAUUUACCUCCAGUACCACCUAGGAAUUGAAUUAAUAUAAAACUGUAUAAUGCAGUAUAUCUGGUAUUUUUCCUGUAAAUAUAGCUGUAGUUGUUCUGCGUGACAUAAUCAAAAACUGCAAGAUGAAUAUUUUCACAGAUGCUUAAAAAUACAUCUAUUGCACUAUGUGUAUUUAGAAAGUAGUUGUUUUGUGAUUUUGUUUGAUAUAGAAUCAACUACACAGCAUUUCAACAAAAUCUGUUACUUUAUCGGGUUUAUAAACAUUAUCUAUCUUUGCAUGGCAACUAUAAUGUGUUUUGACAAGAAUAAUACCAACCGUACCGUAUGUUAAAAAGCAAUAAAUCUAAGUAUUAUACAUAUGAUUUCAUAAGGAAAGGUUGUAUCUCCUUUUAUUAUUAUUUAUCAAUUGUAUGCAAAUUUACAUGGUUUAUGUGGGAAUUGUUAUUACAUUUUAUCGUAUAUUCAAUUGAAUCAGAUUGAAUUUAUUUUUGCACAUGACCAUAAAUUUUAAGAUUUACAAAAGGUCAGUAAGAUAUGUUAAUUAUUUGUUCUUUUAUUGUGAUUCCUGUACUUUUAGUGCCAAAGAAGUGUUUUCAGUUAUUUUUACUUCAACAACGACAUGUUCAUUUUCAGGAUUAAUUUUUCUAGAAAUUUCAAAAAUUAAAAAUAAUAAAUAAUGUUUCUUCGAUCGACGUACCAGGUCUAAGCGGGAACAGUUUUUUUCAGUUCAUCCAAAAACCAUCUGAUGUUCAUUGCUCAAUUUAACAUCUUAGGCCUAGAAUGUGUUCAUCAAGUCGCUUGACGAUUAGUGAAAGCAUUUAUAAAGUCAUUUCCAAGGCUUCUGAUGGAUGUUUGUCUCGUUGGUAUUUAUACUACAUCUCCUUAUUUUGUAUUGAACAACAAAUUACAGAAUUACAAUUUAUAUUCCAUAAAAAAAAUCGUUAUGGAAUAUGAUACAGUAUGUGGUAAAUAAAAACAAAUGUACUUUAAAGGAUAAUUAUUUAGAAAUGAGUUAUUUUAACUGCCAGAUUUCUUUGAAACAUCUAACAAAAAAAAUCAUACAAUAUAUUGAUUGAAUGAAGAUUUUUUUUUAUAAAAACCAUUCUUAUUUUUUUUAUUCCCAAAAAAUGAGAAAUUAAAUUAUCAAUUAUUGCACAUAUAUAUCUAAUAACAAGUAUUGGAUCAUUUUCAAACAUGCAAGUUCUAUUUGGUUUUUUAAAAUGCAAUUAUUUUUUUUAUUAACACCCACUUUUGAAAUUGCAUAUUCCACUCAUCCUUGCGUUACCAAAGUAGUUUUCUCAUGAAAUAUCUACUCUUUAAUUAAUACAUUACAUUAGACGUGAACAAAAUUGACCAAUAGUUUGUGAUUCGCCUUUUAUACUCAAUCCAUGUACUGCACUAUUUAUACUCAAUUUCUUUUACCAAACUUAGAAUUUGAUGCUAUUUACACUUAUGUGUUUGUAAGUUUAAAAGUAAAGAUGUACAUGUAUAAUGAUUUUUUUUAUCACCAGUUCUACACAUGUUUAAGUGAUAGGUGUAAUACCACCAAAUCAUAGUACGUCACAUUAUAAACAUAUAUCUUGGGUGUUUCAAAGCACCAUUAUUUUUUUUAUUUGUUGUUUUUAUAGAAUAUUUUGGAAACUUGAUGUUACAUGGUUAAUAAAGCUUGUACACAGGAAAAAAAGGGGUGAAAAUUUGAUUGGUUAACUUCCAGUGAUGGUUAUUUUCUUAUAUGCAAUGAAAUAUUAUGUGAAAUUUUGUCUAUAGUACUGGACAGGAUAAAACUUUACUCAUGCCAAGUAUUUCUUUAUUUGAAACAAAGAUAAAUUCUGCACAAUAUUUUGAAAAGUGCAAAUUUAACAAAGACUAAUAGGGGAAAAACAAUGGUGGUAUUACACCUUAUACUCAUUUUUGUUUCCUAUUAGUCAAUAAACAUUAAUACAAGAAAGCAAAGAUAUGUAUUAUGAUAAAACUAUCUGGAUUAAAAUAUUUUUUUUGUAAGGAUUGGGUUCAAUGAAUUUUGUGUGUUUCAUUUUGUAGGAUUUGUUUUACUUUGCACUAACUAUCAGUUUUUCUUAUGGCUUUAAAAAACUGUGUUAAUGUUAUUUCUAUAGUACUGCCAGAGUCAUAUAAUACAAUGUAUUACAUCAAUUUAGGUUGGAGGUAGAAUCAAUACUUUGUCUUUAGAAAUGUUAAGAAGAAUUGCAAAAGGCAAUUCAGUUGAUAUGAAAAUUAUAACACACAAAGCCCAGCCAAUGCAUUAAAAUUUGAAUAUCUGCUUGAAUUUCAAUACGUCAAAGUUGCAAAUAAUCACUUUCUGGCUUUCAUAUUCUAUCAGUCAUUCAAUUUUUAGAAUUAAAUAGAAAAUUACUGUCAGCAAGUAUUCCAAAACAAUGCAUUUAUUUAUUAUAUUAACAGCAACUGUACAAUAAAAUGUUUCAAAUAUUUGUCCAGUUAACUGUUCAAUAUUAUGAGUUGAGAUUUGACACAAAAUUGCAUAAAAAAAUAUUGAAUUCAUUGUACAUUUUAGUUUAGAAGUAUGUUUGUAUACAUACAGGUAAAUUUAAUUUAUUGUUAAUAUUGCUAUAAGCGUGCAUAAUGAUAAUUCUGUGCAAUAAAAUUAUAUUUACAUUGUAUAUUUGAUAAAUAGUACAUGUAUAUUUAGGGGGAAUAUUAGACAUUUAUGCAUGAGAAAAUAAAUAUUUCUUUGGUAGUUUGCCCCAGAGAAAGCAUUAACGUUCACAGGCUCUCAAAGAUUAUCAGAUACUUGAUUUAGUUUUUAUUUUUAAAUAUACAAUAUGAGAUUUGAUUUUUUAGAGAAGAAAAAAAAAAGACAACCAUGACUACAUAUAAAGCAAAAUGGCUUUAAAUACCAUGAAAAAGAUACAAAACAUUGUGUUACUAUUUGCUUAGUUUCUUCUGUUUGUUAUGGUAUACAUUCCAAGUUAGAUCACGCUAGGUCAUUGUUGCUGUAUUGCUGUUGUUACAUAUUUGAUAUACAUUUUAAGAAUAAACUGUGAUAUGUGUUA